AUUUGUUGCGCUUCAGAGGGGACGGUGGGCUGGGUUUACGACUCGCGUUCCUGUUUGCGCCGGCACUUUGUGCUGUGUUGCUGUCUGAGCUCUCCUUGGCUGCUGAAAACAUGUGCUUCGGCCAUGCUAACAAAGGACUGGAAAGACUUGGCUGUUGAUACCACGAGAACUCCUGAAACAUGGUGGAUUAUUAUGAAGUUCUGGGAGUGCAGAAGCAUGCCUCAGCAGAGGAUAUCAAAAAAGCGUACCGUAAAUUGGCACUAAAAUGGCACCCUGAUAAAAAUCCAGACAAUAAAGAUGAGGCGGAACGACAAUUUAAGCAAGUAGCUGAGGCCUAUGAAGUUUUGUCAGAUGCUAAAAAACGUGACAUCUAUGACAGAUAUGGAAAAGAAGGCCUAAUAAAUGGAGGUGGAGGUGGAAAUCAUCACGAUAAUCCAUUCGAUUUUGGAUUUACAUUCCGCAACCCAGAUGAUGUCUUCAGGGAGUUUUUUGGUGGAAGGGACCCCUUUUCAUUUGACUUCUUCGAAGACCCUUUUGAGGACUUCUUCGGUGGCAGGCGGGGUCCAAGGGGAAGCAGAAACAGAGGUGGUGGUGGAUCAUUCUUCUCUGCCUUUGGUGGAUUCCCUGCUUUUGGAAGUGGUUUCUCUCCAUUUGACACAGGUUUUACUUCGUUUGGCUCCCUGGGACAUGGAGGCCUUACUUCAUCAUUCUCCUCUACGUCAUUUGGUGGCAGUGGAAUGGGAAACUUCAAAUCAGUAUCAACCUCAACUAAAAUAGUUAAUGGCAGAAAAAUUACUACAAAGAGGAUUAUUGAGAAUGGACAAGAGAGAGUAGAAGUUGAAGAAGAUGGCCAGUUAAGGUCGCUAACAAUAAAUGGGGAGGCAGAUGAAGAAGCCUUUGCCGAGGAGUGCAGACGGAGAGGACAACACGCGCUGCCCUCCCAGCCCACCAACCUCCGCCUGCUGAAGCCUCACAAGUCCAGCACCUCCCCGCGCUUUGCCUGCCAUUACAAUAGUGAUGAGGUGGAAGAACAAGACAGGAGCCGGGUUAUGAGCAGCUUCGAGGCCCCUAUUUAUUUAUCAGGUGUGCACAAGCAUGUUGGUGAGAAACGUGCAGAGAAGGACCCAUCACAUAGUCAAAAGCCAAACCCAAAAAGCCAAGCGAGAAGUUGGUGCUGUGUGUUGACUUAGUGUUAGCUCCCUGGUAGAUAAUAAAUAGCAGCCUGUUUGCCUUCA